AUGAUUAUAGUAGGUAGUUGGUUGGUUCCAACUAGAGUACAACCAACCAACCAACCAACCAACUCUACUACUAUUAAUAAUAAUAAUAAUAAUAAUGACGAAAAUAGUAGUAAAAAUAAUAGUAUAAAAGAUGAAGUUCCGGUUCGAGAUACCAGUUGUUAUAACAAAAAUGAUGAUGAAGAAGAAGAAGAAGAGGAUACAAGAAUGAACAUUGAGAUUAGGAAUAUCUCAACGACAAAGGAUCAACGUGAGGGAGAGUCACGUUGUUUAGGGGUUUUAUCACAACUUCAUGUCGAGACUUUUAGGAUCAACCAAUCUAUUGAAACAAUACGAAAGGACAUUACCCACUCGCAAAAAAGGUAUACCCUUGCCGAUUAUAGAAUGCUAGUUGAAAAUCUGACACCCAUUUUCAAAGGCAUGCUAUCUGUACUUGAAGAAUAUGGCAGUGAAUUGAAUGGCCAACCAGUCAAUGAGCCCACACAAACUACUGGUACAACAACCACCAAUCAAAAAAAGCAAAGGAGUUCCAAACAACAUAUUGAAUCAUCGUCUCGAAAAAAACCAACAAACUCUCCUAUUUUAUCACCUGUAAAUAAUCCAAAUAAUAUUAAUAAUAAUAGUAAUCAAAAUAAUAAUAAUAACCAGUUUUAUGGACAACCAACAUUAUCCUCUUCCACUCUGUCGACUCUGACAUCUUUUAAACUACCACCAUUACAUACACAAUUACAUCAUUCUUCAUUACAACCACUUCCAUUUUUACAUUCUCCACCAAAGUUACCUCCUAGUCCGAGGGAUCAUCAUCAUCAUUCGCCAUUUGACUCACCCAGACAAGCUAUUCUUGGAGGAUCUACUACAUAUGGAUUGGCCAACAGUCCAACAACAACAAAUCCAUUUGAAUUGGAUGAUACCCCAGCCAAACCUCCAGAUAUCGUAAAGGAAGUCCCUCCAGAGCCGGGUCAUUUAACAGAUGGCACCAGUACGACCAACUCCACCACCGCCACCACCAACAUGGCACCAGAUAACAGUACGAGUAUGAGUACUAGUAUGAGAGCCAAGAGAGGAAGAGGUCGUCCUCCUCAAUCGAAACCAAACCAUUGUGCACGUUGUAAAAGAACAGAUACACCGGAAUGGAGAAAAGGAGAGAAUGGAAUAGAUCUUUGCAAUGCUUGUGGUCUUCAAUUUAUGAAGAGGAAUAGAAAAGAUAAAGAAACUGUUGAUUUACUAUUAAGUAGUUUUCAACAUGUUCAAUAUCAACAACAACAACAACAACAACAACCAGUUGAUGGUUCAUUAGAGUUUCAGAGUGAACAAUCUGUCGAUCAACAAACUCUACAACAACAUCAACAUCAACAAUAUCAAACAUCACAUCCACAAUUACCACAAUUACAAACGUACCAACAUUAUACACAGUCAUCACCUAGAUAUCAUACACCACCUGAAGAAUCAAUAUAUAUAAAUAACAAUAACAAUAAUAGUAAUAAUAAUAAUACCAACCGAACUACGACACCACCUCCACCACCUGUGAUAUCACAACUACCCUAUAUAGAUUUUAAUUAUCUCCGUCCCAACAACUCACCACCACCAUAUACUACAACUAUUCAUCAUCCUUUUAAUACUAGUACUAAUAAUAAUAAUAAUAGCAAUAAUAACAAAAAGUUAAAUAGAGAAAGAGAGAGAAUGAAUUUAACAGGAGGAGGAGCAAAGUGGAGUACAGUUAGACCAACUAUAUCAGAUCAUGUACUUGGUAUCAUUAAAAAGUUGGGGUUUGAUACAAUGACUCCCGUUCAAUCGGCCACCAUCCCAUUAUUCCUUUCAAACAAAGAUGUAUUGGUAGAAGCAUGUACAGGUUCAGGUAAAACAUUGUCAUUCAUCAUCCCAAUCAUUGAAAUCCUAUUAAAGAAACAACCAGAAGAAUUGACAAAACAUCAAGUAUUGGCUGUUAUUGUUACUCCAACUAGAGAAUUAGCAGUACAAAUAUUUGGUAUUUUAGAACAAUUUGUUCAUGGAUUAGAUCAUAUUAAACGAUUGUUAUUAAUUGGUGGUACUGAAGUAUACGAAGAUGUUCAGAAAUUCAACAAAGAUGGUGGCAAUGUUAUAGUUGCAACACCUGGUAGAUUGGAAGAUGUAUUGAGUCGUGUUGAACGUAACAUGAAACUAAAGGAAUUUGAAAUGUUAAUCCUUGAUGAAGCCGACAGACUUUUAGAUAUGGGGUUUGAUACUGCUUUGAAUGCUGUUUUAGAUAGAUUACCAAAACAAAGAAGAACUGGAUUAUUUAGUGCAACACAAACAACAGAAUUAAAAGAAUUGGCAAGAAUGGGGAUGCGUAAUCCUGUAAAAGUUAGUGUAGCAGUACAACAAAAGGGAACGAAUCAAGUAUCGGCUAUCCCAUCGACACUUGAGAACCGAUACACCAUGUUGGAACCAAGUGAAAAGUUUGGAGUGUUGGCCGAUUUCAUGGACAAGAAUAUGAACAAUAGUAAGAUCAUUGUCUACUUUUUAACGUGUGCCGAUGUUGAUUACUUUUCAUCUUUGAUGACCAAGAUGUCACAAUUCAAGGACCGUGUUAAAGACAUUUUCUCGUUGCAUGGAAAGGUACCCCAUGAACGUCGUAAAUUUGUAUUUGACAAGUUCUCGGCCAAGGAUAGUGGUGUCAUCUUUGUCACUGAUCUCGUCAGUAGAGGUAUUGAUUUCCCAUCGGUUGAUUGGGUCAUCCAAUACGACGCUCCACAAGAUCCCAAGACAUUUAUUCAUCGUAUUGGUCGUACUGCCAGAAUGGGUCGUACCGGUAACGCCAUGCUCUAUCUCUCCAAGGCCGAAGACGAUUACCUCGAGUUUAUGCGUCUCAGAAAGGUGUCGAUGGUCGAGACACCCAAGCCAGACACCCUCGCAUUGGAACACUACACCAAAGAGAUGCGUCGUGUUAUUCUCUCUAAUCGUCAGAUCAUGGAGCGUAGUAUCGUUGCCUUUGUAUCGUAUGCUCGUGCCUACAAAGAACACACUUGCAGCUACAUCUUUGUCACUAGAAAAUUGGAUUUUGGUUCACUCGCUCAUGGAUACGGUCUCUUGAGAAUGCCAAAGAUGCCAGAACUCAGAUUCUUUAACCCCGACACAUGGGCAAGUGGUGUAUCCAGAGAGGAUAUUGAAAAAGUUCCAUAUGUUGAUAAAAAGAGAGAAGCUAAAAGAUUAAUACAAUUAAAAGAAUCAAAGAAAAAACAAGAAAAGAGAGAAAAGAAAAAAGAAGCAAAGGUAAAGAAAAUAUUAAGUAUUAGUGGUUUGAAAAUGGAGGAUCUUACAGGAAAAAAGCAAGUUAAAGAGGAGGAGAAUGAAGAUGACAGCGAUGAAUCAGAAGAUGAAGUUGAGGCUUUAAUGAGAGCUGAUCAAGAUCAAGAAGUUAAACAAGAAGAAGACGAAGACGAAGAAGAGGAAGAAGAUAGUGAGGAUGAUUCAUCAGAGGAAGAGGAGGAAACGACAAAAACUCCAGUUAGAAAAUCAGCACCAAAAAUUGUAAAGGAUGAAGAACAACUUAAACAAGAAGAUAGAGAAACAGUAAAUAGAGAUUAUUUGGAAAUGAAGAAAAAUAACAAGAGAAAGAAUAGAGGUUUCCAUGGUGAUUUGGAUGAUUUUGAUUCAAUAGAAAAGGAAAUUAAAUUGGAAAUUAAAAAGAAGAAACAAGAAGAAAAGGAAAAUAAGAGUAAAUCAACUACUACUACAGCGACGACUACUACUACAGGUGGUAUCACUAAACCACUUUCAAAAAAUGCAGAAAAGAAAAAAAACAAAAACAAGAAACCAGAAUUUGCUCCAAAGAAAACUUAUCAUAAAAAGGUUCAAAACUCUUCAAGACAAAAGAAAAGCUCUAGAAAAUAA